AUGCGCGGGGGCCCACCUGUGGGCGGGAUUCGCCGUCUCGGCCGUCUCAGACUUCUCCAUUGUUCCGAAUCCCGACGAAUCCCAUUCCAAGAUGCCGCGCUGUCGCUCUUCAUCACGUUCCUCGGUACGCUACGGAACGCCGAAACUCCAUGAUCACGCCAUCGACAAAUCUGGCCUGCUCACCUGCCGUGAACUGCGCAGGCCUGUCCGCCGCGGAGAGGUUCCGGGCCCCUCUCAUCAUCGAUGCCGCCCACGAAGGCGCCAGUCAGACAGACAGACAGACAGACCGACGCGUCUUCUGAUGGCGACUGCGGGCUCAUUUCUGUGGUUGUCUCAGAGAGCCUGAUGCAGCAGAACCUGACCAUGACCAUGGUGGCGUUGUCUGCAGCGAUGAUGCCACACGUACAUGAGCCCCGCUUCCACACUCCUGGAUGAUCCUCCUCUUGUGUUUGUGCAGCCUGCAGCUACUCGGAGACAGGAGGAGACGUCUGCCGCAUUCGGGGCACCCAGGACAUCUGCGUGA